AACCACCCUCGUCACACCCUGACCUAACCAAAAUAAUAAAGAGAACAAAGAUAACUAAGGCCAGGGCGUGACAAAUUUACACAUCAUAAAGUGACUUUGUAUUACAGAGAGAGAGAGCUGCUGACAAGUUAAAUAGACAGAGUGAGAGACAGAGAGAAAGAGAGCUGACAGGUUAACAGCUGCAAACUGGAUCAGUCCUCGAUAACCAAACCCCUAUUUCAACUACUAUCAAUAAAAAUCCCAAACCAACCCUGUACCAUAUCUUGUUAUCCUAAACCCCUCCCAUACAUAUGAUUUAUACCGCUUUUAACGGCAUCUUAUAGAUUUUAUGUAUUUAUAACAAAUCAAAACUGGAAUUUGUAUUCAAAACAAAGGUUGUAAAAAUAUGAUACACAUUUAUAGAAUAAAUCAUAUCUAGUUUGAUGAUUCUGUGACAAACUGUGAAUUAGUUAUUGAUUUAUACAUCUUUAAAUUGCAUUUUAAAGAUGUUAUGUAUUUCCAUAAAAUCAAAACUGGAUUUUUUUAUUCAAAACAAAGGUUGUAAAAGUAUGCUAGACAUUUAUAGAAUAAAUCAUAUAUUAUAAAUCAAAUGUUAUGUGACAAUCAAUGAAUUAGUUAUUGAUUUUUUUACAAUUGAAAUGGCUUUUGGCAAAUGUCUGUUGAAUGUCUGAUGAAUGUCUGUUGAAUGUUCGAAUGUGUGAAUAUAAAACCAACUUUACCUUGGUCAAAUAUCUUUGGGUGUAGCUAGCUGGCUAGUUGCUGCAUGUUUCAGGUUAUGCCAAAACACAGAUUUGUAAACAGAAGAUGGCUAUUUACUUUGAUGAACAUGACUGUGAACCAACGAAUCCUGAAGAACAGUACCGCCAGAAUGCACUACCAGAGCUGGCCAGCAAAGGGCUGAAGUGUCCUGUGUGUUUGCUGGAGUUUGAGGAGCAGGAGACAGUGCGGGAGAUGCCCUGCAAACACCUCUUUCACUCUAGUUGUAUCCUGCCCUGGUUAAGGAAGGCCAAUUCUUGUCCGCUAUGCCGACUCGAGCUACCAACCGACAAUCCAGAGUAUGAGGAGUUUAAGACGGACAAGGUGUGUGUGGAACUCUGGCAUGGGAAAUCAUAAUCAUAAUGCUUGUCCCAUUUAGAGUUGAGACUUUGGAUGUGUCCCAAAUGACACCCUCUUUCCUAUUUAGUGUCCUAUGGGCCCUGGUCAAAACUGUAUAGGGAAUAGGGUGCCAUUUGGCUGAUUUGGGACACAGAAAUGGUCAGCGUCAGGCUGUUACUAAACCUGUUAAAGGAUAAGAGAAAACAGAGGGAACAUAGACUGGAGUAUCUACAUGUAGCCAUGUACACAUAGUGGCUCAGAGCACACUUAUUGCUUAUUUCACAUUUAUUGCAUUGGGUCGCAAUAGAAUUGACAAUUGACAAAAGCUGCAAAAAAUAUUGUUUAGCUAUUAUGUUUUAUCGUGUGUAUUGUAAAUAUGUCAGUUUUAUAUUGUCACGUUCCUGACCUAUUUUCUGUUGUUUUUGUAUGUGUUUAGUUGGUCAGGGCGUGAGUUGGGGUGGGCAUUCUAUGUUAUGUGUUUCUAU